GAAGUAGCAAUAGUGUUUUCGGAUAGUAGCAAUAGCGAUUGCCGAUGAAGAUCUCGAAUACAUAAAUGGUCACAUGAUUGAUGGUAGAAAUUUGUUUCCUGGAACAGAAUAUAUAUGCUUGGUGUGGGAAACGUUGGGAAUGACAAUAGGAAAUUUCUACACAGAAAUACGUUGUCAUGGAAAAUAUAAAGUUUAAUCGAGCAACCGCUAUACCCAAAGAAGACAAAGUUGAAAUGGUUGUCAUGAUUCAGAAAGGCAGUGGUAAAUUCGAAGUUGUCGAAGGAAGUGCUGUUAUUGUUACUGGAAGAAUUCGUCUUAUCGAAACUAAUUUAUCGAAGGAGAAAAUACCAGCUGAUGUAAUCAAAAGAAAUGUUAAUAAUGAAGAAGAAGAAUUAAAUGAAAAAGAUAUCUAUAAAGAGUUGAAGUUACGUGGUUGUCAAUACAGAGGUCUCUUCCGAAGUAUAAGCAGUGCGUCCAUUUCGGAAAGAAAAGGACAUAUUGAAUGGAAAAAGAAUUAGGUAGCG